CAUUAAUUGUAAAUUACAACAAAUAAUUCAGAAAAACACAAACCCAAAAAGUAUACAGUGAACAAUUUUAAAACGCGCUCGUUACGUCAGUGUAUUGGUGUAUGUGUGUGUGUGAGCAGCUGCAGCUGAGAGCAUGAGCAUUGUUUGUUUGUAUGCGUGAGUUGCUGCUUGUGGCUACAAAUAGGAAAAUCGGCGGCGUCUUCAGUGCAUAAUGAAAACCUCUCGCGAUGACUGCAAACGUCUCUAAAACGAAAACACCCAAUGUGGGUGUGCUAUGCAUAGAUAAUGCAAAAAUCUUUGAGGAAAUCUACGGCAAAAUCAAUCACUCGUAUAUAUCGUGUGCAUACGUUAAAUAUUUGGAAGCAGCCGGAGCGCAUGUGGUGCCGAUUUGGAUUGGACGCCCGCGCGUGUAUUACCAAGAGCUGUUGAGUCAGUUGAAUGGCGUGCUGCUGCCAGGUGGAGCGGUCUUCUUGGACAGCGCUCAAGCGCCGGAGCUGAGCAACGAUUGUGUCGAGUCGGCGCGUUACAUUUGUGAGAUCGCUUUAGAGCUAAACGAGCAGCAGCGUUACUUUCCCAUCUGGGGCACUUGCCUGGGCUUUCAGCUGCUGCUCAUCAAUGCGGCCAAGACCAAAGAGGUGCGCAUUGAUUGUGAUGUGAUGAACAAAGCGCUGCCGCUGCAACUUGUUGAGGACUAUGAAAGCUCGCAGCUGCUUAAAGCGCUGACGCCUGCGCUGGCGGCACAAAUGCAAUGCGUGCCCUUUGCCUGUCAUCAGCAUCGCUACUGCAUUACAACAGCCACGCUGGAGGAGUUUAAAUUAGCCGCAGAUUGGCGCGUGCUGGCCACAGCGGUGGACAACAAGCAGCUGCGCUUCGUUACGCUUAUCGAGCAUCGGCGUUACCCUUUGUUUGGCUCUCAGUUUCAUCCGGAGCGCGCCAACUAUGAGCAGCUGUUCAUGCGUGCCGAUCCUUGGCAGGAGGCGCACAGCCAGCCCUGUCUGCAGUCUGCUCAUUAUUUUGCCGAGUUCUUUGUCGACUGCUGUCGGCGCAAUGGCAACAGCUUUGCCAGCGAUAAGGAGAAGGCGCGUCACAUCAUCUGGAACUGGCAGCCCGUGUUCUCGGGCAAACAUUCCACAACGCAGCAGUGUUAUUUAUUUCCAAAGAACGUGGACUAUCCAGCAGCAUAAUUCCAGCAAAAUUAGAAAAAUUAAUUGUAUAUUUUAUAAACGACUGAAUGUGAUAAUGUAAAAAUAAACGUAAUAAAUU